AGGAGCCAAGGGUAGAGGGGAGAGAACGCUGUCGACCAGGAACCAGAACCACUCUGCGGACUGAGUGGAACGAAGUACUGCAAAUUCAGACGAGGACCUUCCCUUUUCAGCAAACGUGAAGCUUUCGAGUCAAGUGAUCAACCUCAUCCGUGACGUCAGCCCUCGCUCCUCCUGUUCGGCGGCCGUUCUUCACCCCUGAAAAAGCCGAACUUCCCCAGAUCCGCGAAUCGCUGUUUGAAACAUUGGCCAUCUUAGCAGCUGUGCUAAUAUACUAGCUGCUCAUACAUGCAUGAAAAUGGACCCCUGGCAACGAAACCUCCGCAUGAUGCACCAUCUCAACGAAUUCCUCGAUCUCGACUCGGCCGAAUCCAACGUCGUCGAUGAAUUCGUUUCUCUCUUCAACGCGAUUCGAGAAGGUCUCACGCACAUUGACGAUGAUUUCCAGAUCCCCGAUUCACAUAUCAAUAUGCUCUUCCUGUCGAAAUUGAAAUCGCGACUGGAAUGGGCCGAUUGGGCGACGGCUUUGCUGCGCGAUCCGCAGGUAAAUGGUUCUGACUCGACGGCGCGGAUCUCGUUUCAGGAAUUGGCCCGCUGGGCUAGAGAAGAAGAGAAUGCAAUUCGGGUGCGAGAGAAAGAGGAAAAUGAGGAUGAUCAUGACUCGGGGAUUGAGUUACCGGUUCAACCGCCGCCGUCAACGUUGCCGGCUGAUCAUGAGAGCGCGAUUGAUCCGAUGGGUUGGGGUGGUGCUGCGCCGAGGAUACAGAGCAGAUCCCGCGCACUUACCCAGGAUGAGAUCAACGCAUUUGUCGUCCAGAAGAUGGACCAGGAAGGGCUCUACAGAAGCGCGAAUACCAAAGGCCACCGCAAACGACCUAGUCAAGAGGAAAUCAACCAAUACGUGGCUGAGCAGAUGCGCAAAGAACAGGAUCGGGGAAUGCGAGCGCGAAGCUACAGCCAGCCAGAGCCAAGUAUUGCAAAUCGUAACCACCAAGAGCAACACAUGCGACGUCAGCAGUCGGCACGAGUCCCCCGUUGCAGGUUCUGCAGUGACCUCCAUCCGUCGGAUCGUUGUUGGCGCCGUUGGAGAGUUGCUGUCGAGGCACCCCAGGCUAACUUCUUCCCUAAGCGAGUGGAAUACCGUACUGAAGUUCCUGGUCAACCGCCCAUGUAUCGCACUGGGUUCACUCUCUACUGAACGCAUUUUCCUUUGUCUUUGCAUUGUCCUCUUCUGUCCUUUCUUCUGCUUCCCUGCUGCCUUUUGCUUUCUUCUCUUUUACUUAUUCUGCUAGCUGAGCAUGGCGUUUUGGAUCUGUUAUAUCUGUCUGCAAAAACACUGAUAUCCGGCUGCCGGACAGCCAACUUUUCUUUUGUAUAUCCAUUCAUCUAUCUACCUAUUCUCAAUGAUAUUUAAGAACGAACUCAGAACAUACCAGUGGCCCGAUGGUACGGAAGUGUUGGGA